UGCUUGUUAUUGAGGAUUGUUGGUUCUACUUCUUGGUUAUCCUCACCAACAAGCAGUGUAGAAUGGAAAGAUUUGAGAAGAAACUAACGAAAACGGACGAAGGUUCCAUGUUAGUGAUCCCAGCUCGUUUCAGCAGAAAUCACAUGCGACCGGUUGAAGGAGGACGCUCUGAAAAUAUAAGAGUCGUGGAUGUGGGUGGAACAGAAUGGACCUUCGGCUACUACGUCCGACGGCACCGCAAUCCACGUCCCGUUUUGAGAUCUGGGUGGCGCCGCUUUGUCCUUGAGAAAGAACUGAAAGUUGGAGACCGAAUCAUAUUUGAACGUGUAGAUGGCUUCCCGGAGCUUUACAGGAUUGGAGCGAAAAAAAGGAUCCAUCUCUUCGGUCAGGUGGUAUGGACUGACGUACUCUAAAAAGUGUUAUGUAUGUCUUUGCUUUCUAAGGAUUUGAGUUUUAACGUUUAGCUGCGUGUUUUCAUUUCUGUUUUCUGUUUUUGUUGUUCCACUUAAUUUGGAUGUGUUUUUGGACUUCGGAUUGUUAAAUGAAUUAGUGUUUGGACU